AUGACUUUUAAGUCUACGAGCAGAACAAAGCUGCGCAGUCAAUUUACCAAACCUCACGUACAGGCCCUGUUUCAUCGGACUUCUCGAUGUGACGGGAAGGACCCCUUCAGCCCUGAUGGACAGCUGCACUUUGAGCUCGAUUUCGUCAAUUUCGGUAGCGCGUUUCAAUGGCACUACCUUGUCCCAAAAAAGGGUGACUGUCUCACCGUCGUGGUCGACCUCGUCCGUCCGAUCUUCGAUCCCGGCGAAGUGACUCUCAUCAACUCCGAACCCCUCACCCAGCCUGCCAUCGAUUUCAACUUCUUCUCCAAUGACCUUGACAUCAUCACCAUGCGCGAGGGGAUGCGCUUCGCAUACGACCUGCUGACCAAGGCUGACGGGCUCAGAGAGCUAGUUAUUCUCGAGUACCCGUGGGAGAUGCCACUUGACAGCGAUGCCAAGAUGAAGCCCCAAUGCUGGACCGGUGCCAAACGAUGUUCCACCCUGUUGGGACCGCCAGACUCUCAAAGGACGUCAAACAGGGCGUUGGUGAUCCUGAGCUGA